UCUACCGUAGCUUUAUAUAUAUAUAUAUAUAUCACAAUGCAGACCCUCACACCGCACGUAUAUUGGGCACAGCGUCACGGAGACAUCUACCUGCGCGUAGAGCUGAGUGACGCUAAGGUAUGUUACUGAUGCUCUCCGGGACCGACUUGUCUCCAAGCUAGCUGGCUAGGCUAACAAGCUAGCUAGAUAGUAAACAUCACUUCAGCCAGUAAUAAGUGUCUUUGCUUAAGCUCACUGCUGGACAUUGUAAAUUGAAUGCACGUUGCUGACAUGAACAAAUUACAUACAUUACAUUAGCUACAAUGCUCCUUUGAGAAUGGAGUGAUACCAGCCCAUGCUUACACGUUAGCAAGUAUGCUCAUAAAUCUAGCUAGCUAACUUACCACUUUGUUCUAUUAACUAUACCGAGUGAUAACAAAACAAAAGUCUAGCAUGACACUACUACUAGUCAGACAGUACCAUACAUAUCGUUUCCUGAGAUCCUGAUCCACUAUUCCACAGUCCAAAAUCACGUCGUUGUCGAGAGAAGGCUGGUUCUCGACGAGGCUAGACGACGCUAGCUAGCUAGUUACUGUCAUUCAUAUUGAGUUGUAACGUUAGUAGCUAGUGGUGGUGCGUCUACCGAAUGUCAUGCUUCAUAAAAGAUUCAGGAAUUGUCAUGGUGAUCGCUGGAUCCAAUUUGGCCAUUCAGCAGACAUAGUUACUCACUCAAGACGCAUCAUGAUCAACAUUUGUACUCCAGCUACAUAGCAUAGUGUACAUAAUGUCAUCAGAAUAUGUUAGUGAUGCUGUAUGUGUGAGGGAUACACAUCCGUAUCAGCCACUCAGUCACAUAGUUUGAGCUCAACCAAUGUUAGUGGUUUCUAUAUUUAGCCUGGUAGCUGACAGUCGUCUUCCGCUUUUUGAGUUUUUUUUUAUGCAUGACAUUUACUUUCGCGUUUCAGAAUCUUGAUAUCUGCGUGCAAGACAACACCCUGCAAUUCAAAGGUUGGUGUUUGCAUUACAUUGGAACAGAAUGACACAGGCCACAAGCUGAUAUAAUGAGAAUAACUCUAGUCUGUACAUAGUAUUAAACCCAUGUUCCUUUGUUCGACAGCUCAGGGUCACGGAGCUAAAGGAGUCAAUGACUAUGAGUUCAGUCUGGACUUCCUGGAACCAGUAAAACCUGAGGUGUUCUAUUAUUCUGUUAUUUUCUCCUCCAAAAUGUAGUUUCUCAUCACACUCUUCUCAGUCUCAAAGACAAACCUCUCUUAUUGUACUAGAGAUUGUUACUGUUCCCUGCAUGUACUUUAUUGUUAAGUGUAUCUACUACAGGAGGUGGCUCAUAAUAAUGACCGGAAUGGAUCAAAUGGAAUGGCAUCGAACACCAGGAAACCAUGUGUUUGAUGUAUUUGUUACCAUUCCACAUACUCCGCUCCAGUCAUUACCACGAGCCCGUUCUCCCCCAAUUAAAGGUGCCACUAACCUCCUGUGGUGUCUACGGUAAUGAUCACACUCACUGUGUGUUUGUGUCUGUGUGCAUGUCUGUCUGCCAGGUGAGUCACAGGUCGACCCAGCGCCUGGUAAACGUGACAGUGAGGAAGCUAGAGCAACGUUGGUGGGAUAGACUCACUCUGCAGGAGAGGAAACCUCUCUUCCUGGCGCCAGACUUCGACCGCUGGCUCGACGAAUCAGACGCAGAGAUGGAGCUUCAGGCUAAGGUAGUAAUGUCCGGGGUCAGUUUUUGGUAUAACGCUGUGGAACUUUUAGACGUAAUACAAAAGGAUGACAAAUAAUUUUCUAUGAAGUAUAAGGCUUUAUUUGGCUUUUCUAAGUGUGUUAUGACAUUUAUUACACCUGAUGCUCUGUCUGUUUGUUCUCAGGAAGAGGAGAAGAUUAACAAGGUCAGCAUCGAGUCAAGAAUCCGUAAAGACGGUAAGUACCGAGCGGUGCAGCUGUGAACACUGCAGCCCUUGUCUCUAAUCUGAAUAUUUGCGUUUCUUGGUUAAAGAUGCCGUUGGUUUAGACCAGGGAUCAUCAACUAGGUUCAGCCGUGGGACGAUUUUUUUUUGUUGUUGACCAGAUGGUCGGGGAGCCGGAACAUAAGUACAAAUCAUUUGUAGACUGCAAUUUGACCACAAGAAUCCCAAGCAGAUCAUUUAAAUCCUUGCCUAAAUUUGUAUGUCUCUCUAUUAUCAUUUGACAUUUUAGUCAUUUAGCAGACGCUCUUAUCCAGAGCGACUUACAUGAGCAAUUAGGGUUAAGUGCCUUGCUCAAGGGCACAUCGACAGAUUUUUCACCUAGUCGGCUCGUGGGAAUACUUGGUAACAGCUGAUUUCUUGGUGUUUUUACACUAUUUUAUGUACAACAAUGAAAAUGCAACGUAUACUUUUUUUUUUUUUUGCUCAGAAAAGUUUGGGGACCAAAUAAAUCCACCCGCGGGCCACCAAUUGGGGAACCCUGGUUUAGACUGUGCAUCGCCUUUUAGUUUAUACCAACACAAAUACAAGCUACCUUUUUAAGUACUAGAUAUUUGAAAAUGUAAACAUCUGAAAUGUAAUUUCAAAUCAUUUGGUUUUGGUAUAGACAUACAAAACCAAUUGACUGGAGUCUCCUUUUGUAUUUAUUCAAUUUUUGUGUGUUAUUAUUGAAAGCUGUACAAUGUUCUCUCAGCCUACCUGUGUCUAAAGAAGAGCUAUCUGUUCAUGUUCAACCUGGUGUUAUGUGUUUAAAGCUGUAUUAUGUUAAUAUUUAGUUUGUUCUCUCAGCCUACCUGGGUCUAAAGAAGGGCUAUCUGUUCAUGUACAACCUGGUCCAGUUCCUGGGCUUCUCCUGGAUCUUUGUCAACAUGACCGUCCGUCUCUUCAUCCUGGGACAAGGUCAGUGGUCCGGAGCCUGCUGAGGGUCCAGUCUGUUAGUGGCUGUUUGUUGUUGUUGUUGUUGUUUGUUGGUUGGUUGUCAUGUUUGGCUUGAGAGUUGACUACAGAGUUGGCUACAGACACCAAGCAGGUUAAGUGGUCAAUGUUUUCAGGGAUGGAAAAGUGUACCAUCAUAAUAAUUCCUUUUAAACUCAACAGCUGUGGUUGGAUCUAGCUACCUCAGAACUGGUUCUUCAACAUAAAGUAAGAGAGUUAGUAUAGAUGGCUCACAUAACACAAAUAUUUACAUACAUCAUCUUUCUUCCUCUUAUUUAUUUAUUUUUAGCUGAAAGCUGUCUAGUUUCAACUUAUUCUUAUUAAGUUCUGUUUCUGUGAAGUGAUCUGAGUGAGGCAGAUGAACCCACACCACUCAGAACUGACAUCAAACCCAGCAAGCCGAUGUGUUGCUUCCCUAGAAGAAGUAAACGGGCCCUUUAUUCAUAGAUGCGCCCCAUUUGAAUAUGAGAAAAAUAACAUUGACUCUAGUCUGUCGAUGAAUUUGUCUUGCAAAUAGCUUUGGAUACUGAAUAGCCCGGUGGUCCAAUCUGUUUGUGCUUUAGCCAAAUUCAGUUUAUAUGUCCUCACAACAAUUGAAGACUUGACUACAGCAGUGGUCGUCACCCUGGUGUGCUUUGGCCUUUCCACAGGGACACUUGAGGAGUCUUACGAGAACGUAGACCUACUGGUGAAAUACACAUGAAAUGGUACUUGGGGGAGUACUUCAGGCAUAGCUAAAUGUGACUGGGGUAGAGUUACUAAAACGGGUUGAGAACCGCUGGACUUCAGCACAUACAGUAUGGAACCAGGCUACUUUGGAUAUUCAAUGUGUUCUACCUCUCUCUCUCUCUCUCUCUCUCUCUCCCCCUCUCUCUCUCUCUCUCCCCCUCUCUCUCUCUCUCUCUCUCUCUCUCUCUCUCUCUCUCUCUCUCUCUCUCUCUCUCCCCCUCCUGUCAGACUCCUUCUAUGACACGUUCCACACCAUUGCUGACAUGAUGUACUUCUGUCAGAUGAUGGCCGUAGCAGAGGUCAUUAACCCUCUAGUGGGUCUGGUCAAGACUGGGGUCUUCCCAGCUAUGAUCCAGGUAGGGCUCAAUCCAAACACACAGAAAACUCACUUUCAAAAUGGCUUGGGUUUAAAAUAUAACGCAUGCUAAUUUGGGAUACGUUGACUUCUAGUUUGUUUUUUGGUUAGUCAAAGCUAAAGUUGGCAGCAAUGGUUUUUGUAAACCAACCCAAAGCAUAUAUUGUCUCUCCUUGCCCAUAGGAUGCUUUCAGGGUGAGGAUAAGUGAUUUUGUAUUUAGGGUGAAUUAUUCCUUUAAUGUAGUGUGUUUUUGUGUUUUUGACCUGUCCAGGUGGUGGGUAGGAACGUUAUCCUGUUUGUGAUCUUCGGUAGUCUGGAGGAGAUGCAGAACAAAGCAGUGGUCUUCUUCGUCUUCUACCUCUGGAGCACCAUCGAGAUCUUCAGGUGACUACCUCUAUAAUAUAGUCAAAAGAUAGCACCAUCGAGAUCUUCAGGUGACUACCUCUAUAAUAUAGUCAAAAGAGAGCACCAUCGAGAUCUUCAGGUGACUACUCUACCCACAUGUACAUAUUACCUCAACUACCUCAACUAGCCGGUGCCCCCGCACAUUGACUCUGCAACGGUACCCCCCUGUAUAUAUAGCCUCCCUACUGUCACUUUAUUUUACUGUAUAUAUAGCCUCCCUACUGUCACUUUAUUUUACUUCUGCUCUUUUCUUCUCAACACUUUUUUUGUUGUUGUUUUAUUCUUACUUUUUUUGUUUAAAAUAAAUGCACUGUUGGUUAAGGGCUGUAAGUAAGCAUUUCACUGCAAUGUCUGCACCUGUUGUAUUCGGCGCAUGUGACCAAUAAAAUUUGAUUUGAUUUGAUUUGAAAAGAGAGCACCAUCGAGAUCUUCAGGUGACUACCUCUAUAAUAUAGUCAAAAGAGAGCACCAUCGAGAUCUUCAGGUGACUACCUCUAUAAUAUAGUCAAAAGAGAGCACCAUCGAGAUCUUCAGGUGACUACCUCUAUAAUAUAGUCAAAAGAGAGCACCAUAGAGAUCUUCAGGUGACUAUUUCUAUAGUAUAGUCAAUAGAGAGCACCAUAGAGAUCUUCAGGUGACUAUUUCUAUAAUAUAGUCAAAAGAGAGCACCAUAGAGAUCUUCAGGUGACUACCUCUAUAAUAUAGUCAAAAGAGAGCACCAUAGAGAUCUUCAGGUGACUAUUUCUAUAGUAUAGUCAAUAGAGAGCACCAUAGAGAUCUUCAAUAUAGUCAAAAGAGAGCACCAUAGAGAUCUUCAGGUGACUAUUUCUAUAGUAUAGUCAAUAGAGAGCACCAUAGAGAUCUUCAGGUGACUAUUUCUAUAGUAUAGUCAAUAGAGAGCACCAUAGAGAUCUUCAGGUGACUAUUUCUAUAGUAUAGUCAAUAGAGAGCACCAUAGAGAUCUUCAGGUGACUCUACCUCUAUUUUUAUUUAAUUUUUUAUUUUACCUUUAUUUAAGUAGGCAAGUCAGUUAAGAACAAAUUCUUAUUUACAAUGACGGCCUACAUCGGCCAAACCCGGACGACGCUGGGCCAAUUGUGUGCCGCCCUAUGGGACUCCCAAUCACGGCCGGUUGUGAUACAGCCUGGAAUCGAACCAGGGGGUCUCUGUAGUGACGCCUCAAGCACUGAGAUGCAGUGCCUUAGACCGCUGAGAUGCAGUGCCUUAGACCGCUGAGAUGCAGUGCCUUAGACCGCUGAGAUGCAGUGCCUUAGACCGCUGAGAUGCAGUGCCUUAGACCGCUGAGAUGCAGUGCCUUAGACCGCUGAGAUGCAGUGCCCUUAGACCGCUGAGAUGCAGUGAUACGGGGGGACCGCUGAGAUGCAGUGCCUUAGACCGCUGAGAUGCAGUGCCUUAGACCGCUGAGAUGCAGUGCCUUAGACCGCUGAGAUGCAGUGCCUUAGACCGCUGAGAUGCAGUGCCUUAGACCGCUGAGAUGCAGUGCCUUAGACCGCUGAGAUGCAGUGCCUUAGACAGCUGAGAUGCAGUGCCUUAGACCGCUGCUCCACUCGGGAGCCCUAUAUAGUUCACAUACCGGUAACUGCCAAAAUAAAGGAAACACCAGCAUAAAGUUGCUUCAGUGCACCUUGGCAUAGAUUCUACAAGUGUCUGGAACUCUAUUGGAGGGUUCUGAUACCAUUCUUCCAUGAGAAAUUCCAUUAUUUGGUGUUUUGUUAAUGGUGGUGCAAAACACUGUAUCAGGCGCCGCGCCAGAAUCUCCUGUAAGUGUUCAAAUUGGGUUGAGAUCUAGUGACUGAAAUGGCCAUGGCAUAUGGUUUACAUAGUUUUCAUGCAUUUUCCCUAACCUGCUAAGUUAAUUAUCCUAGCCUGCUGCAUAAGUUUUCCUAACCUGCUAUCGAAGUAUCGUGAAAAUAAUGUUUCCCGUUUAAAAAGUGGUUUGGUGUAAGAAAUAUGGUGUAAGGAAAUUGUCAUCCUUUGUAUACUCUGUACUCGGCACCAUUACUGCCAUGAUAUCCGCACCACAUCAGUCACCGAUUUCAUUAAUAAGUGCAUAGACGAUUUCAUCCUCACAGUGACCAUACAUACAUACCCCAACCAGAAGCCAUGGAUUACAGGCAACAUCUGCACUGAGCUAAAGGCUAGAGCUGCCGCUUUCAAGGAGCGGGACACUAAUCCGGAUGCUUAUAAGAAAUCCCACUACGACCUCUGACGAGCCAUCAAACAGGCAAAGCGUCAAUACAGGACUAAGAUCGAAUCCUACUACGCCGGCUCGGAUGUGGCAGGGCUUGCAAACUAUCACGGAUUACAAAGGGAAACCCAGCCGCAAGCUGCCCAGUGACGCGAGCCUACCAGACGAGCUAACUGCCUUCUAUGUUCGCUUUGAGGCAAGCAACACUGAACCAUGCAUGAGAGCACCAGCUGCUCCGGAUGACUGUGUGAUCUCGCUCUCCGUAGCCGAUGUGAGUAAGACCUUUAAACAGGUUAACAUUCACAAAGUCACAGAGCCAGAUGGAUUACCAGGAUGCGUACUCAGAGCAUGCUCUGAUCAGCUGGCAAGUGUCUUCACUGGCAUUUUGUUCUUCUACUUUACUUUACUGACUUUAUUGUUCCCAUGGGGACAUUUUGUUGCAGUGUCAUGUACACGUUUAAAGUGGCGUUUAAUUACAAAACAAACUGACAAUACAACUUUCAUAGCAGUUACAUACCAAUAAAAAGAGACUAGCCUGCUGGCCUUACUGGGUCAAUAGGAACAUUAGCCUGCUGGCCUUACUGGGUCAAUAGGAACAUUAGCCUGCUGGCCUUACUGGGUCGAUAGGAACAUUAGCCUGCUGGCCUUACUGGGUCGAUAGGAACAUUAGCCUGCUGGCCUUACUGGGUCGAUAGGAACAUUAGCCUGCUGGCCUUACUGGGUCGAUAGGAACAUUAGCCUGCUGGCCUUACUGGGUCGAUAGGAACAUUAGCUUGCUGGCCUUACUGGGUCAAUAGGAACAUUAGCUUGCUGGCCUUACUGGGUCGAUAGGAACAUUAGCUUGCUGGCCUUACUGGGUCGAUAGGAACAUUAACCUGCUGGCCUUACUGGGUCGAUAGGAACAUUAGCUUGCUGGCUUUACUGGGUCGAUAGGAACAUUAGCCUGAGCUAUUUAGGAGGGAUAUCACACCUGGCACAAAUUAUUGUCUAGUUCUGUUUUUCCGCCAAGGGGUGCUCUAUACCUGCACCCAGAGGGGAGUAGUUCAAUGUCUGGGUUCAGGGGGUGGCUUGGGUCUGGGUUCAGGGGGUGGCUUGGGUCUGGGUACAGGGGGUGGCUUGGGUCUGGGGACAGGGGGUGGCUUGGGUCUGGCUACAGGGGGUGGCUUGGGUCUGGGGACAGGGGGUGGCUUGGGUCUGGGGACAGGGGGUGGCUUGGGUCUGGGGACAGGGGGUGGCUUGGGUCUUGGGACAGGGGGUGGCUUGGGUCUGGGGACAGGGGGUGGCUUGGGUCUGGGGACAGGGGGUGGCUUGGGUCUGGGUACGGGGGGUGGCUUGGGUCUGGGGACAGGGGGUGGCUUGAGUCUAAAAUGAUUAUGUGAGCCUUGGAGGGCUCUGACCUUAAAGAUCUCAUCCAGGCCUGUCUGUUUGACUCCAAGUACCUUGCUUGCUGUGGUGAUAAUCCUUCUCAGAGUAUUUCUCUGGCUGACAGUGACAUUGCCAUACCAACAAACAGUACAAAAAGUUAAAAUACUCUCAAUGAAAGAUUUGUAAAACAGAAUCAGGAUAGUACAGUCAACAUUCAAAUCAAAUCAAAUUGUAUUGGCCACAUGCGCCGAAUACAACAGGUGCAGACAUUACAGUGAAAUGCUUACUUUCAGCCCUUAACCAACAGUGCAUUUAUUUUUUAAUAAAAAAGUAAAAUAAAACAACAACAAAAAAGUGUUGAGGAAAAAAAGAGCAGAAGUAAAAUAAAAUAACAGUAGGGAGGCUAUAUAUACAGGGGGGAACCGGUGCAGAGUCAAUGUGCGGGGGCACCGGCUAGUUGAAGUAAUAUGUACAUGUGGGUAGAGUUAAAGUGACUAUGCAUAAAUAAUUAACAGAGUAGCAGCAGCGUAAAAAGAUGGGGUGGGGGUGGGGGGGCAGUGCAAAUAGUCCGGGUAGCCAUGAUUAACUGUUCAGGAGUCUUAUGGCUUGGGGGUAGAAGCUGUUGAGAAGUCUUUUGGACCUAGACUUGGCACUCCGGUACCGCUUGCCGUGCGGUAGCAGAGAGAACAGUCUAUGACUAGGGUGGCUGGAGUCUUUGACAAUUUUGAGGGCCUUCCUCUGACACCGCCUGGUAUAGAGGUCCUGGAUGGCAGGAAGCUUGGCCCCAGUGAUGUACUGGGCCGUACGCACUACCCUCUGUAGUGCCUUGCGGUCGGAGGCCAAGCAGUUGCCAUACCAGGUGGUGAUGCAACCAGUCAGGAUGCUCUCGAUGGUGCAGCUAUAGAAUAUUUUGAGGAUCUGAGGACCCAUGCCAAAUCUUUUCAGUCUCCUGAGGGGGAAUAGGCUUUGUCGUGCCCUCUUCACGACUGUCUUGGUGUGUUUGGACCAUGAUAGUUCGUUGGUGAUGUGGACACCAAGGAACUUGAAACUCUCAACCUGUUCAACUACAGCCCCGUGCUCAGUCCUCUUUUUUUUCCUGUAGUCCACAAUCAUCUCCUUUGUCUUGGUCACGUUGAGGGAGAGGUUGUUAUCCUGGCACCACACGGCCAGGUCUCUGACCUCCUCCCUAUAGGCUGUCCCAGUUUUUUGAGAAAGUACAGUCUCGGUUGACUCUUUUUGUAGAUCAGGUCUGUACAUUUACUCCACUGAAGCUUAUUAUCCAAGAGGACACACAGAUAUGUGUAUUCCUCUACAAUCGCUAUGUUCUGACCUCUGAUAGAUGUUGCAGAGGUAGGUGUUGAACUCUUCCUGAAGUCUAUGCACAUCUCUUUGGUAUUGAGGACCAAGUGUGAUUCGUCACACCAUUCUACAAAGUCGUUUAGGACCGGGCCAUGGUGUUCCUCGUCACCAUGCAACAGGCUGAUCAAGGCAGUGUCAUCAGCGAACUUAACGAGGUGUCUGUCAGGAUGGGAACUAGGUGUCUGUCAGGAUGGGAACUAGGUGUCUGUCAGGAUGGGAACUAGGUGUCUGUCAGGAUGGGAACUAGGUGUCUGUCAGGAUGGGAACUAGGUGUCUGUCAGGAUGGGAACUAGGUGUCUGUCAGGAUGGGAACUAGGUGUCUGUCAGGAUGGGAACUAGGUGUCUGUCAGGAUGGGAACUAGGUGUCUGUCAGGAUGGGAACUAGGUGUCUGUCAGGAUGGGAACUAGGUGUCUGUCAGGAUGGGAACUAGGUGUCUGUCAGGAUGGGAACUAGUACAACUAUUUGUGUACAGGAGUGGGGACAAAACACAUCCCUGAGGAGAGCCUGUGUUGGUGGUGCGUAUGUCCGACACGUGGGGACCUACUUUGACCCACUGUGACCUCUGGCUCAGGAAGUCCAACAGCCACAUAACCAGCCCCCCAUCUAAGGAGAAGUCCCUUAUGAGUCUCUGUGCCAGAAUGUAAGGCUGGAUUGUGUUGAAGGCAGAAGAAAAGCCAACAAAGAGAACCCUGACAAUGGGAUUUGGCGCCCUCUAGAUGUCUAUAGACCAUGUUGAGGAGAGUAUGAAUGGCAUCAUUAACUCCUCUGCUGGGCUGAUAUGCAAACUGAAACGGGUCGAGGAGCUUCUGGUUGGCGCUGAGAAUAUGACUUUUCACAAUUUUCUCAAAGCAUUUCAUUACUAAGGAUGUCAAGGCGACAGGGCGGUGGUCAUUCUGCACAGAGGGAUUAGAUGCUUUAGGAAUGGGUAUAAUUAUUGAGUUUUUCCACAAUACUGGCUUGUGUUGCUGGUCGAGCUAGAAUUGGGAAAUGUCUGUGAAAACACCAGCUAAUUAUUCAGCCCAGUGCUUUAACACACAUCCUCUUAUUUAGUCUGGACCUGGGCUUUAGUGUUACAUCCCCUGACCAACUUCACAACAUCAGCCUGUUUAACAACAACCCUCUCAAACAUUUGGAAUGAUGCUUCCAUUUGUUUUACCUCCGACAUAAAGUCGUCAGAUUGAAAUCUUGAGGAGAAAACAUUCAGUUAGUUAGCCAUGUUCUGGCCCUCAUGUCGCCCAAGGUCGGCAUAGGUUAGCCAUGUUCUGGCCCUCAUGUCUCCCAAGGUCAGCAUUGGUUAGCCAUGUUCUGGCCCUCAUGUCUCCCAAGGUCAGCAUUGGUUAGCCAUGUUCUGGCCCUCAUGUCUCCCAAGGUCAGCAUUGUUUUUUCCACUGCCUAUGUGGGGGUCACUAGCCAUGGAUUUAAUCCCUUGCCAGGCCACCCUUGAGUUUCCUGAGGAGAGGGUCCUCUCCACCCUUUGCUUGUAUGCCUCCUUGUCCACCACUAUCUGUAUUUUAAUCUCACGUUGUACAUCUCUUAAAGUCUAGUACCCUCCGAAUAAACUGCCUUCUUCCUAUUAAGUAGUGAUUUGAGAUUUUUUCAUACCCAAGGCUUAUUGUUAGGGAAGAUUUUACAUGUUUUAGUAGGCACAACUGACUCAACACAGAAGUUUACAUAGUCUGUGAGUUCGUUAAGAUCAGCGCUGCUGUCCUGAAAUACCUCCCACAUAGUCCAGUCAAAACACCCUUGGAGACGAGUGAUACUAUUGUCAGUCCAGAUCUGGACAGUUUUAACUGUAAGUUUGUCCCUCUCCAGGAGCCGACAGUAGGUUGGCCGGAGGUAGACAACACUGUGGUCUGAAUCCACUCUCCCGAGUGGCGCAGUGGUCUAAGGCACUGCAUCGCAGUGCUAGCUGUGCCACUAGAGAUCCUGGUUCGAAUCCAGGCUCUGUCGUAGCCGGCCGCGACCGGGAGACCCAUGGGGCGGCGCACAAUUGGCCCAGCGUCGUCCAGGGUAGGGGAGGGAAUGGCCGGCAAGGGAUGUAGCUCAGUUGGUAGAGCAUGGCGUUUGCAACGCCAGGGUUGUGGGUUCGAUAAAAUAAUGUAUGCGCUAACUGUAAGUCGCUCUGGAUAAGAGCGUCUGCCAAAUGACUAAAAUGUAAAUGUGAUGUCCCCAGAGGAGGUCUGGUGGUGGCAGAGAAAGCAUUUGGUAUUGUCCCAUUGCACAAAUCAAGAGUCUUAUUUUUCCUAGUGUGACAUUUCACAUACUGGUGGUAUGUGCGCAGGACCUUGUGCAAAGUACAGUUGUUAAAAUCCCCUAAAAUAAAUGUGGGUGCGUCGGGGGAGAUGGAUUUCAGUUUCUGUGACAGAUUAUAAAUAAUCUAUGAUGGAUUGCUAUAUUAGCAGUUGGUUGCAUGUACACAACAGUAACAAACAAUUGGGGGAACUCACGGGGCAGAUAGUAGGGUCGCAGUGACACAGAAAGCAGUUCAAUGUCGGGGGUACAGAGUCUCUCUCUUACCAGGAUCGAUUUACACCACUGGUCCCUGACAAGCAGACAGACGCCCCCCCGCCGUGAUGUUUCCCUGUGACGGUCAGAUCACGGUCCGCUCCGGCUCCACUUCCCUGUCCGGGACUCUGUCAUCCAGCCAAGUCUCAGUAAAUGCCAGCAAACAGGCCUCCCGGUAUUCAUGUUGGAAGAGCCUGAUUCGGUGAAAGCUCAUCCGCUUUCCCCCUCAGUGACUGGGCAUUGAUCAGCAAGGUGGUGGGUAAGGGAAGUUUGUUCUUAAGUCUUUGUCUGAUUCCCCCGUGUUUUCCACGUUUGCAUUUGGGUUUGUAAUCUACUCGCAGACAAUCGGGGACAAUUGUAGUAGGAACUCUCUGCUGUAUUGGAUUCCGCUGCCAACAGCGUUUUCAUCACAGUCUGUUUGUACACGAUCAACAAGAUCAGUCCAACACCCCACCACUGGAAAGCCAUCGUUGACAGAUGGUUUACAAACAAAGUGUACAAAUUAAAAACAUAAAAGUACGUCACACCAAACGUCACACCCACUGCGGGAUGCAACCGAGCCGUGCCCCUCUCCCUGACCAUGUUUCAAGCAGACCACCAUAGUCCCUGUGCCCAAGAGCACCAAGGUAACCUGUCUAAAUGACUAUUGGCCCGUAGCACUCACGUCUGUAGCUAUUAAAGUUCUUUGAAAGGCUGGUCAUGGUUCACAUCAACACCGUCAUUCCAGACACCCUCGACCCACUCCAAUUCGCUUACCACCCCAACAGAUUCACAGAUAAUGCAAUCGCUAUUACACCACACCGCACUCUCCCACCUGGAUAAGAGUAACACCUAUGUGAGAAUGUUGCUCAUUGACUGCAGCUCAACGUUCAACAACAUAGUGCCCUCCAAGCUCAUCACUAAGCUCAGGACCCUGGCACUGAACACCUUCCUCUGCAACUGGAUCCUGGACUUCCUGACGGGCCGCCCCCCAGGUGGUGAGGGUAAGCAACGCAUGCUUAGUCCCCUCCUGUACUCCCUGUUCACCCACAACUGCGUGGCCGCGCACGACUCCAACACCAUCAGUAAGUUUGCUGAAGACACGACGGUUGUUGGCCUGGUCACCAACGACGAUGAGACAGCCUAUAGGUAGGAGGUCAGAGACCUGGCAGUGUGGUGCCAGGACAACAACCUCUCCCUCAACGUCAGCAAGACAAAGGAGCUGAUCGUGGACUAUUGAAAACCCACGGCCGAGUACGCCCCCAUCCACAUCGACGGGGCUGUAGUGGAGCGGGUUGAGAGCUUCAAGUUCCUCGGUGUCCACAUCAGUAAGGAAUUGACAUGGUCCACACACACCAACACAGACGUGAAGAGGGACCACAACGCCUCUUCCCCCUCAGGAGGCUGAAAAAGAUUUGGCAUGGGUCUUCAGAUCCUCAAAACGUUCUACAGCUGCACCAUUGAGAUCAUCUUGACCGGCUGCAUCACCGCCUGGUAUGGUAACUGCUUGGCAUCCGACCGCAAGGCGCUACAGAGGGUAGUGUGUAUGGCCCAGUAUAUCACUAAGGCAGAGCUCCCUGUCAUCCAGGACCUCUAUACCAGGCAGUGUCAGAGGAAGGCCCUAAAAAUUGUCAAAGACUCCAGCCACCCAAGUCAUAGACUGUUCUCUCUGCUACCUCAUGGCAAGCGAUACCGAUGCACCAAGUCUGGAACCAACAGGACCCUGAACAUCUUUUACCCCCAAGCCAUAAGACUGCUAAAUAGUUAGUCCGGGUAGCUAUUGGUUAACUAUUUAACUAUCUGUAUUGACCCUUUUGUUGCACUAACUGUACUGGUACCCAGUGUAAAUGGCCAAGUAAUCGUUACUCAUUGUGUAUUUAUUCUUGGUGUUAUUAUCUUUCUAUUUCUCUCUCUACAUUGUUGGGAAGGUCCUGUAAGUAUGUGUUUCACUGUUAGUCUACACCUGUUGUUUACCAAGCACCCCCAAGCCAUAAGACUCCUGAACAGCUAAUCAUGGCUACCCGGACUAUUUGCAUUGUUCCCCCCCACCCCCACUCCCCUCUUUUACGCUGCUGCUACUCUGUUGUUUUGUUGUGUGUCCCAGGUAUCCAUUCUACAUGCUGGCCUGCAUCGACACAGACUGGAAGCUGCUGACCUGGCUCAGAUACUCCAUCUGGAUUCCCCUCUACCCUCUGGGGGUCCUAGCAGAGGGUCAGUGGGCCUUACACACAGACCACACACACAAAGACUAUACACACACACACACAAAGACCACACACACAAAGACUAUACACACACACACACACACACAAAGACCACACGCACACACACACACACACACACACACACCACAAACACACACACUCCCUCAGAGAGCUCUAUGCCUACUCUAUUCACUUAAUAUGUAAAUUGUAUGUAAAUAAUAGUGGUAUGAUGAUUAUAGUCAAACAAGUGAAACAAGAUAUUACGUAGUUUAUUACCAAGAUAUCCAAGUGUUGCUAUGUAGUAGUGAGUAUUCCUGUCUGUCCUGUCUGUUCCCUCUUAGCUAUAGCUGUGAUCCAGUCCCUGCCCGUCUUCGAUGAGACCCGUCUGUACAGCAUCCCUCUACCUACGGUCCUGGGCUCGUCCUUCAGCUUUUCCUACACUCUGAAGCUCUACCUCGCCCUCAUGUUCCUCGGUCAGUUAGUACCACUCUCUGACAAUACACCCCACACACUAACCCACUCUCUGACAAUACACCCCACACACUAACCCACUCUCUGACCAUACACCCCACACACUAACCCACUCUCUGACAAUACACCCCACACACUAACCCACUCUCUGACCAUACACCCCACACACUAACCCACUCUCUGACCAUACAACCCCACACACUAACCCACUCUCUGACCAUAAACCCACACACUAACCCACUCUCUGACAAUACACCCCACACACUAACCCACUCUCUGACCAUACACCCCACACACUAACCCACUCUCUGACAAUACACCCCACACACUAAACCCACUCUCUGACCAAUAAACCCCCACACACUAACCCACUUCUGACAAACCCCAACACUAACCACCUUGACAAUACACCCCACACAAAACCCCCACCCUGACCAAAAACCCCCACACACUAACCCACUCUCUGACAAAACCCCACAACACUAACCACUCCUGACAAAACCCCACACAAACCCAACCCGGACCAUACCACCACCACUAACCCACCUCGACCAAACCCCCACACACAACCCCACUCUGAAAAUACCAACCCAAACAGAACCAAGCCAACCCGAACCCCGAACCGACACACGAACCCACCGCAAACCCGAACCCGAACCCACAACGAACCCAUCCGCCCAACACCGAACCCGACACACAACCCGGCGCGAACCCCAAACCCACACACGAACCCCACGCGCGAACAACCCAACCCCGAACCCGACACACGAACCCACCCCGGGGACCAGACACCCGAACCCGAACACGAACCCCGCGCGAACCCCGAACCCGACACACACCACGCGGAACCCCGAACCCCGAACCCGACACACAAAACCCACCCAACCCCAAACCCCACACGAACCCCCCCCCGACCCAACCCCGAACCCGACAAAACGAACCACGCGCGCGAACCCGAACCCCGAACCCGACACACAACCCCGCGCGAACCCCGAACCCGAACCCGACACACGAAACCACCACGAACCCACACACGAACCCACACAGAACCCACGCGCAAACCCCGAACCCGACACACGAACCCACGCGCAACCCGAACCCCGAACCCGACACACGAACCCACGGCGAACCGAACCCCAACCCGCACAGAACCCGACAAAACGAACCCACGCGCGAACCCGACACACAACCCCAGCCGAACCCAACCCAACCCUACACACGAACCCACCGCGAACCCCGAACCAACCCAACACGAACCCCACUCCAACCCCUAACCGACACACGAACCACCCAACCCCAACCCCAACCCGACACACAACCCGACACACAAAACCCGACACACGAACCCACGCCGAACCCACACACAAACCCACGGAACCCGAACCCCGAACCCGAACACGAACCCACGCGCAAACCCCAACCCCGAACCCACACACAACCCACCUCUGACCCAACCCGAACCCUACACACGAACCACCCGGACCCCCAAACCCGACAAAACGAGCCCACGCGCAAACCCCCGAACCCGAACCCGACACACGAACCCCGGGCGAACCCGAACCCGAACCCGACACGAACCCACGCGCGAACCCAAACCCCCGAACCGAACACGACCCACGCGGAACCCCGAACCGACACAGGGGAACCCACGCGCGAACCCGAACCCCAAACCCGACACACGAACCCACGCGCGAACCGACACACGAACCCGACACACAAACCCCGACACGAACCCGAACAAAACCCGACACACGAACCACGCGCAACCCAACACGAACCCACGGCGAACCCGAACCCCAACCCGACACCCCCCCGCGCGAACCCGACACACCCGACACACGAACGACACACGAACCCGACACACGAACCCAGCGCGAACCCGACACACAAAAACCGACACAGAAACCACGCGCGAACCCGACACACGAACCCCGCGCGAACCCGACACACAAACCCACAGACAACCCCGACACACGAACCACGCGGAACCCGACACACAAACCCCGACACACGAACCACGCGCGAACCCGACACACGAACCCACGCGCAACCCGACACACGAACCCGACACCGAACCCACGCGCAAACCCCGACACAGACCCAGCGCGAACCCGAACCCCGAACCCGACACACGAACCCCCACACGAAACCACGCGAACCCGACACACGAACCCACGGCGAACCCGAACACGAACCCACGCGCGAACCCACACACGAACCCGACACACGAACCCACGCGCGAACCCGACACACGAGCCACGCGCGAACCCGAACCCCGAACCCGACACACGAACCCACGAGCGCGAACCCGAACCCCGAACCCGACACAAACCCCGCCCGAACCCCAACCCGACACACGAACCCACGCGCGAACCCCGAACCCGACACACGAACCCAACGCCGAACCCAAAACCCCAACCCGACACACAAAACCACGCGCGAACCCACACACGAACCCACGCGCAACCCGACACACGAACCCGACACACGAACCGACACACGAACCCGACACCGAACCCACGGGGAAACCCGACACACGAACCCACGCGCAAACCCCCGAACCCCGAACCCGACACACGAACCCACGCGAACCCGAACCCGACACACGAACCCGAACCCCGAAACCCGACACACGAACCCGACACACGAACCCACCGCGAACCCCGAACCCCGAACCCGACACACGAAACCCGAACCCCGAACCCACAAACCCGAACCCCAAACCCCGAACCGACACACAAACCCACGCGCGAACCCCGAAACCCCGAACCCGACACACGAACCCACGCGCGAACCCGACAACGAACCACGCGCGAACCCGAACCCGAACCCGACACACGAACCCGAACCCGAACCCCGAACCCGACACACAACCAGGGGAAACCCCGAACCCCGAACCCAAAGAACCCGCGCGCGAACCGACCACACGAACCCGACACACGAACCCGCGCGAACCCCGAACCCAAAACCCGAAAACACGAACCCGACACACGAACCACGCCGAACCGACACAGAACCCACGCGCGAACCCGACCACGAACCGCGCGCGACCCGAACCCCAACCCGACACACGAACCGAACCCAACCCCGAACCCGACACAGAACCCCGCGCGAACCCCAACCCGAACCCGAACCGCACACGAACCCACGCGCAAAACCCGAACCCACCCCGAACCCACAAAACCCACGGAAAACCCCCAAACCCCCAACCACACACUACCACCGCGCCCGAACCCAGAACCACACACGAACCCGACACACAAACCCCACGCGCGAACCGACCCCGAACCCGACACAGAACCCACGCGCGAACCCCAACCCGACACACGAACCACGCGCGAACCCCAACCGACACGAACCACCUGCAAACCCCGAACCCCGAACGACACAAAACCACGCGCGAACCCCGAACCCGAACCCGACACACGAACCCACGCGCGAACCCCGAACCCCGAACCGGACACACGAACCCACGCGCGAACCCGAACCCCGAACCGGACACACAAACCCCCACGCGCGAACCCGAACCCCGAACCCGACACACACCCACGCGCGAACCCGAACCCCGAACCCGGACAACGAACCCGCCCACACGAACCCACGCGCGAACCCGACACACGAACCGACACACGAACCCACGCGCGAACCCCGAACCCGAAAACACGAACCCACGCGCGAACCCCGAACCCGACACACGAAACCCACGGCAAACCCCGGGACACAACGAACCCACACACGAACCCACGCGCGAACCCCGAACCCGCAAAACGAACCCAAACGCGCGAACCCCGAACCCCGAACCCGACACACGAACCCCACGGCGAACCCCGAACCCCGACCCCACGAACCCCACGCGCGAACCGAACCCGAACCCGACACACAAAACCCGAACCCGACACACAACCCGACACACGAACCCCGAAACCCGACACACGAACCCCGAACCCCGGGACACACGAACCCGACACACGAACCCCGAACCCGACACACGAACCCACGCGCGAACCCCGAACCCGACAAAAGCGAAACACGCGCGAACCCCAACCCCGAACCCGACACACGAACCCAGCGCGAACCCCGAACCGACACACGAACCCACGCGCAACCCGAACCCGACACACGAACCCACGCGAACCGAACCCCGAACCCGACACCAAAACCCCGAAACACGAACCCCACGCGCGAACCCCAAACCCCCGAACCCGACACACAAACCCACGCGCGACCCCGAACCCCAAACCGACACACAAACCCCAAAGCGCGAACCCCGAACCCCAAACCCGACACACAAAACCCACGCGCGAACCCCGAACCCCGAACCCGACACACAACCCGCGCGCGAACCCCGAACCCGACACACGAACCCAGCGCGAACCCGAACCCGAACCCGACACACAAACCCCACGCGCGAACCCGACACACGAACCCGACCCCACGAACCCGACACACGAACCCACGCGCGAACCCGACACACGAACCCGACACACAAACCCCGACACCAAACCCACCGCAAACCCCGAACACGAACCCACGCGCAAACCCCCGAACCCCAAAACCCGACACACGAACCCACGCGCGAACCCCGAACCCCAACCCGACACAGAACCCACGCGCGAACCCCAACCCCGAACCCGACACACGAACCCACACGAAACCCCACGCGCGAACCCCGAACCGACCCCACAAAACCCACGCGAAACCCGACACACGAACCACCCCACGAACCCGCACACGAACCCACGCGCAAACCCACGACACACGAACCCGACCACGAACCCGACACAAAAAACCCACGCGCAACCCGACACACAACCCACCGCAAAACCGACACACGAACCCACGCGCGAACCCCGAACCCGACACACGAACCCAGCGGAACCCCGAACCCGAACACAGGGAACCCGGCGCGAACCCCAAACCCCCGAACCCGACACACAAAACCCACGCGCGAACCCGAACCCCGAACCCGACACACGAACCCACCGCGAACCCGAACCCCGAACCCGACACACGACCCAACGCGCGAACCCACACACGAACCCGACACACGAACCCGAACCCGACACACGAACCACGCGGAACCCCGAAACCCGACACACGAACCACGCGCGGACCCCGAACCCGAACCCGACACACGAACCCACGCGCGAACCCCGAACCCCGAACCCGACACACGAACCGAACCCCAAACCCGCCCCGACACACGAACCCGCGCGCGAACCCCGAACCCCGAACCCCAACCCGACACACGAACCCACGCGCAAAACCCCGAACCCCGAACCCGACACACGAACCCACGCGGAACCCCGAACCCGACACACAACCCCAAAGCGCGAACCCCGAACCCCGAACCGACACACGAAACCCGCGCGCGAACCCGAACCCCGAACCCCACACACGAACCCACGCGCGAAACCCGAACCCCAAACCGACACACGAACCCGACACACGAACCCGAACCCGAACCGACACACGAACCCGACACACAAAAACCCACGCGCAAACCCCCGAACCGACACACGAACCCAAGCCCCGAACCCGAACCACAAAACCCACGCGCGAAAACCCAACCCCACACACGAACCCACGCGCGAACCCGAACCCCGAACCCGCACACCGAACCCGACACACGAACCCGAACCCCGAACCCGACACACGAACCAGCCGAACCCCGAACCCCGAACCCGACACACGAACCCACGCGCGAACCCGAACCCAACCCCGACACACGAACCCGCGCCGAACCCGAACCGAAACCCCGAACCCGACACACAACCCACGCGAACCCCGAACCCGACACACGACCCCACGCGCGAACCCCGAACCCCGAACCCGACACACGAACCCAAAGCGCGAACCCCAACCCAGAACCCCGACACCACGAACCCACGCGCGAACCCCAACCCCGAACCCGACACACAACCCACACACGAACCCCAACCCGACACACGAACCACGCGCGAACCCGAACCCGACACAAAAAACCCACGCGCGAACCCCGAACCCCAACCCGACACACGAACCCACGCGCGAACCCCGAACCCCGAACCCGACACACGAACCACGCGCGAACCCCAAAACCCGAACCCGACACACGAACCCACGCGCGAACCCCGAACCCCAAACCCCGAACCCGACACACGAACCCACGCGCGAACCCCGAACCCGACACACAAAACCCACCGCGAACCCGAACCCCGAACCCGGGACACCACAAACCCACGCGCGAACCCCGAACCCCAACCCACCCCACGACCCACCCCGAACCCCAACCCCAACCACACAGAACCACUCCAAACCCAACCCCAACCCUACAAAACCCCUUCGCAACCCCAACCCCUAACCCUAACCCAACACAAACACUCCAACCCCAACCCCAACCCUAAACCACACACUAACCCACUCUCUAACCCUAACCCCUAACCUACACACUAACCCACUCUCUAACCCCUAACCCCUAACCCUACACCCUAACCCUCUCUCUAAACCUACACCCUCCAGCUGUAUCUAGGUGUCAUGUUUCAGGAUCAGUUAAUGCCACUAAGGGAGAAACAUACACUUUGUCACAUAGCUAACAAACCUAUCUUUGCUUGGGCUAGACUUAGCUAUUCUGGCAUGCCAAGUGGAUGGGGUUUGCACUUAAAACAUAUUUUUAAAUAAAACAUGUUUUUUUUCUUCCAAGGCCUGUUCAUCAACUUCCGCCACCUGUUUCGCCAGAGGAGGAGACGACUGCGCUCCAGGAAGAGGAAGAUGGACUGAGGGAUGGAAAGACCAACCUCACGAUGUCUCCAGCUCACUGUGGGGGGGCCUUCUCUCCCGCCUAACUCCUCACGCGAAAGGGCCAAAAAAGGGAAAAAAAGAAACAAAAAACAACGCCGCACCUCACCGGAACCGCUCUCUCCUCCCUCUCCUCUCUCUCCUCUCUCUCCUCGCAUCUCUCUCCUCUCCUCCUCUCAUACUCUCUUCUCUUUCCUCUCCUCGUCCUCUCCUUCCCUCUUCCUCUCUCUCUCUCUCUACUCUCUCUCCUCUCCUCUCCUCUC